CAUGAAAAAAUCAUACGUAAAGAGUGUCUCUCCAACGGUGAUCGUUAGAGUUGCUGUCUACACCGAAAAGUUAUUCUGUUUGUAGGUGUGUGCCUACCUACAUACUGCAGCAGGUUAUGCGAGGAGGCUCAUAUAAGUAUGUCCUCGUAUCCGGGCGGAAGCGCGGCGGGCGGCGCGUGGGACGGCGGGCCGCCCGGGGCCGAGGCCGAGUACGCCCCACCGCAGCCGUACGUCGCCCCGCCGCGCGCGCUGCCCAGCACGGACCCCUGGACCGGCGUCAGCUACAGCCAGUACGCCGCGCCCGCCUACGAGUAUCCGGCCUAUAGCGCCCAGGCCGCUUACCCUGGUUACAGCUAUGACUCUAGCUAUUAUCCCCGGCCCGACCCCGGCUAUUACGACGCCCGAGCGUAUCCGCCGCACCCGCCGCAAUCUUCGGGCUACCAAUACCCACCUCGCGAUAGGUCUCGCUCUCCCCCUCGCAAUUACACCCGCUCGAGAUCCUACAAGUCUAAAUCGCGGAGCAUUUCCCCAUAUGCGAGAAAAACACGAGCUUAUUCCAGAGAGAGCAGCUAUGAAGAAAGCAGACGCCGAAGGUCUAGAAGCCGAUCUGCAAAAUCUAAACGCACUAAAUAUUCCUCGAGCGACAGAUCAAGUUCUAGAUCUCGCUCUUAUUCUCGAACUUCAUUGAAAAAAACGAAGAAGAGGUCAUCAUCUUCAGAUUCUUCAAAUUCUGAUGAAUCUUAUAAGAAAAAGAGCAGAAAGGAUAGAAGUCGGGAGAGUUCUAUGACCCCACCAUUAAAAAGUAGGAAAAGCGUUUCAAGUUCACGGAGUCAUUCCAGGACUCGUCAUUCAAGAACACCUAAUGUAAGAAGAUCACAAAGUAAUUCUUCUAGGUCUCCUACUCCUAAAGUUGAAAGAAAGAGACUGAGUAAAGAGAGAAAAUCCUAUUCUAAGGAUGUGAAAACUAAAGACCGUAGGAUUGACAGUCCCUCAACAAAGAAACACAAUGAAAAAUCAAAUUUGUCUAAAGUCCGAAUCAAAACCGAAAGAGUGUCCAUUACACCACCACCGAAAAGUCGUAAAAAGGAAAGCUCUGUUAAUUCACUAAAAAGUUAUAAAUAUAAAGAACGACAGUCUGAUACUCCACCUAGGAAAGUCAGAGAAAAGAAUAGAGAUAGUUCAUUGACUCCACCAAAAAGCUAUGCCCGUGGUCGCUCAUCUACUUCCAAGUCUCAUUCUCGGUCUUUGACGCCGCGUCCUCUGAAACGCAAGCGGUCUGUAACGCCUGACAAGCGGCGUAGUAGACCUCGUUCAAGGUCAAGUCACUCAUCAACCCCUUCAGUAAAGUCAAAGUCUAAAUCAAAGAGACGUUUAAAAAAAUCUAGAUCAAAGAGCCGUUCGAAAAGCAGGUCGAAGUCCCGGCGACGAUCUAGGUCUCGAGGGAAAGGAAAACGAUCAGUCACCCCCAAGAAAUCUCGAUCUCCGUCGCAUAGUUCCCGAUCUCGCAGUCGUUCGGGCUCUGGUAGUGACGAUGAGCGACGCGGGCAGUUCACAGUCGCUGACAGAAAAAGAUUUUGGAAGCUGCAUAGGAACAGGCAAGAAGAGAGAGAUAGGGAUAAGAGUCCAGUCAAAGAAGUCAAACCUCCACCAGGGGCCAUUGAAACUACUACUGUUGAUGACAUUGAAUAUGGAGAUCCACCAGAAGUGGAAGGCCCCAACUUUGCCGAACUCCUACCAUCAGCCGAACAAGUUAUGCAGACAGCUUCCUCAUCAAAGUCUAAAGCCAUAUUGCCUAUUAAAAAUGAUGGUAGCUUCUUAGAAAUGUUUAAAAAGAUGCAAGAAGCGAAUAAACCUGUAGAAGAACAGAAGCCAGCAAUUAAAAAGCCUACCUUGCCUUUUAUUGGGAAGAGAAGAGGUGGCCGGGUGUUGAAAACCGGGAUGGUUAAGAAAGCGAAGGCCAUUGAUGAGCAAACUGCUGACAAUGCCCCAAAAGAUGCUUGGUCACUCUAUAUGCAGGAGGUUAAAAAAUAUAGAGAGACAUCUUGUGAAGAAGAGAGAAAAACCAGACCACUGGUCAAAUGAAUAUUACUUUUAAUUUAUAGGAUUAAGAUUUUUAUCGUGACCUCUGUAUUAAUAUUGAUGAGAUAUUUUUUUUACUUUAAUUAUAACCUUUGUUUGUAUCGAUGUCUAGACUUCCUUAUUUUAUUUUGUACUGUGGAACAGACUGCAAUAAAGGAUUAUAAAAAUGAA